GGCUCGGGGUUUCUCCAGGAGGAGGAGAGCGAGGCGAGGCGCGGCGAGCCGCCGGCCCCGCGGACCGGGCGCAUGGCUUAGGGACGCCCCCGCCCGCCGCGCCCCCAGCAUGGGGAAACUUCACUCCAAGCCGGCCGCCGUGUGCAAGCGCAGGGAGAGCCCGGAAGGUGACAGCUUCGCCGUGAGCGCCGCCUGGGCUCGGAAAGGCAUCGAGGAGUGGAUCGGGAGGCAGCGCUGCCCCGGCGGCAGUUCUGGGCCCAGACAGCUGCGGGCGGCGGGCACCGUUGGCAGAGGAACCCGGGAGCUCGUGGGUGAAAUUUUCAGAGAAACGCUCAGUGAGGAGGAAGAGGAAGGCUUUCGGCUAGAAGUGGCCCUGCCUCCCGAGAAGACAGACGGGCUGGCCAGUGGAGACGAGAAGAGGAGGGAGAAGGCGAGUGAAUCUUGCCCGGGUCCCAAGAAGCAGCUGAAAUUUGAAGAGCUACAAUGUGAUGUGUCUGUGGAAGAGGACAGCCGGCAGGAGUGGACCUUCACCCUGUACGACUUUGACAAUAAUGGCAAGGUCACGCGCGAGGACAUCACCAGCCUGCUGCACACCAUCUACGAGGUGGUUGAUUCCUCCGUCAACCACUCCCCGACGUCGAGCAAGACCCUGCGGGUGAAACUCACCGUGGCCCCCGAUGGAAGCCAGGGCAAGAAGGGCAUCCUUCUCAAUCACCCUGACCUGCAGAGCACGAGGCCCAGAGCGGAGACCAAGCCCGCCGAGGAGCUGCGCAGCUGGGAGAAGAAGCAGCGAGCCCCGCUCAGGUUCCAGGGGGACAGCCGUCUGGAGCAGUCUGGUUGCGACCACCAUUGCGUGGACGAGAACAUUGAGAGGAGAAACCACUACUUAGAUCUCGCCGGGAUAGAGAACUACACGUCCCAGUUCGGGCCUGGCUCCCCGUCAGUGGCCCAGAAGUCAGAGCUGCCCCCCCGCACCUCCAACCCCACUCGGUCUCGCUCCCAUGAGCCAGAAGCCAUCCACGUCCCACACCGAAAGCCCCAAGGCGCGGACCCGGGCUCCUUCCACUUCCUUGACGCCCCAUUCGCCAAGGUCUCGGAGGUCCAGCAGCGGCUCCGGGGCACCCAGGAUGGGAGCAAGCACUUUGUGAGGUCCCCCAAGGCCCAGGGCAAGAGCGUGGGUGCGGGCCACGUGGCCAGAGGGGCAAGAAGCAAGCCCCCUCUGGGCCCCGCCGUCCCCGCGGUGUCCCCGGCCGCCCAGCUGGCCGCCAGCCCGGCCCUCCUCCCCACUCUGGCACCCCUCGGGCACAAGAAGCACAAGCACCGAGCCAAGGAGAGCCAGCAGGGGUGCCGGGGGCCGCAGGUGCCGCUGGCCGUGGGCGGCAGUGUCGUGGGGCGGGACCGCGUGAGGGACCUGCCCGCUGUGGUGGUGUACGAGAGCCCGGCCGGCCAGGCGGUGCAGAGACACGAACAUCACCACCACCACGAACACCACCACCAUUACCACCACUUUUACCAGACAUAGACCCCUCCCCAGGAAGCCCCGCCCUGCCAUAUGAAGGACCCCCCUCCCCCUGCCCGCCCAGGCAUUAUUAUUCUAUUAAUUAUUGUUAUGAUGAUGAUUAUUGUUAUUAAUAAUUAUUGUUACUCCACUAAUAUUCAGCUAGCCUCCAUGUAGAAGAUCUAUGGAAACACAGAACUAAACUUUUAUUUAUAUGUUGUGAGGACUGCAUAACUUUACCCGAGAAAUGACUCUGGGUUUGGAAUUGGCCUGUCGACCGGCGGAGGCUCGCGCGGGCUCCCGAGCUGCGGUUUCCACGCAGGCUGGCCCACGCCCGUCCCAGCUCUGGGGGAGCCCCCGGCCAGAACGGUGCCCUUCCCCAGUCUCUUCCGGGAGAACGCCCUUACCUGGCCCGCUUCCAGAGACCCUCGAAAUCUCCGAGAAGAUAAACAGCUGCUACCUCUUAGUAUCAUUCUGAUUUUAUUUUGCCCUUAACUGAUUGUAACGUGCUACAAGGGAUUUCAGCGGACUGCAGACGCGUGACCUUCCUGGCUGUCGUGGUUUUUUACGUCCCAACCUAGGAACCCUAGCUGUCCUUUCUGGCGUUCUCUUUCACGCCUUUCCAGUGGGAUCACGUCCUUGCCCAGAACCGGUCCCCUCUUCUCUGCCAUGCACAACAGGAAAAUACGCUUCUGGUCCUCCCUUCCGCUUUUCUCUCUUCUUUAGAAAGAUACACACACAUAUUUAAAUACUGCCCCCAAAACCAGCCUUCUCAUUUUGGAAACCUCUGGAGAGGGAACCCAACCACAGAAACAACUGUGGUUUUCCAAGAUCAGGCGCUUGUGUGUUGUUGGUUGUGGCCGAAGAUGUAGAGACCUCGUGUUCUGCCGCUGGCAAAUACACACGUUCCUACACGGUUCUCUAUCGGAGCUCCUGUAUCUACAGCCAGGUGCCAUCUGUCCAUUUCUAUGUAUCUUUCGAUAAAUAUACACUCUCAGGUACCUGUUCUGGUGUGCAGAGAUCAGUGGCUUGCUUCUCUAGACAUUUCCUGAGCCCAGAUGUGACCCGGUGUGCCUCCUGUUCGGGCCACUCUCCAUCAGAUGCGAAUGGUCACUUGCUUCUCAUUGGCGGGUCCUUUUUUGGGGUUUGGGGUCUGGCAGAUUGGGAGAGGCUUGCUGGAGUCUAGAAGCUUGGAGGGAAACGAGGACAGUGGCCGGAGCUGGGACCCUGGAGUGGUGUCCUCCACAGAGCAGGAUUUUAUCUGAUAAGGGCCCGGAGAGACUAGGAAAAGGGUCCCAUGAGAAACAGAUGACACACACUCACGUUGGGUAAUUUGAGGGAAUAUUUAUGAACUGUGGGCAGAGCCUCCGUUUCGAAAGAGUGCAGGAUCGGGGGCUAGCAAUGUGUGGGGCGGCUCCUGCCCCUGCAGUGGAGCAGAGGGGGGGGGCGUCAUCCUCAGCAGCAGAGGGGUGGGGCUGGGGGGCCCCCUGAAGGAGCCGUGAGGGACCCUCACUCUGGGAUGCAGCCAGCCUGUGGGGACCCUACAGAGAAAUACGAUGGAUAUCCUGGCUUCACUCCUUCCUGCCCUGCAUCCUAUCGAGACCCCAUUGACUGAAGCCACUGGGAGCCGUGGGGCCAGAGAGCUGUUACUGAGGGUCAUAUGGACAUUAUUUCAGGGCAGACAGUGAGUGGAGGGACACAAAAAAAGGAAUGGCCAGCUGCCUGCCUUUCUGCUGCUUGGUUGCCAGCUGGCACCCCCUCUUCCAGAGCCUCUGGUUUUGGUUUAAUGUGGCUGGUAAGGAGUUGGUUUUGAUAGUGAGCUCGGGGAGCACAUCAGGCUCAGAGAGGUUAACUAACUUGCUUGAGAUCACACAGCAGGUGGCAGAGCUGGGAUUCUAGUCUCCCCGUCCCCCCCCCCUCCCUCCCCGUGAUCCCUUUAACCACUGGAGCGCUUAACCACUGGAUCAGGGCUUCCCUUGUUUUGAGUUGUGGGUUUCUAUUAGCAUCCAACUCAGUGGGAACGUAACCAAAGCAGGGAAGGCAGGGAAGCAGCUGGCUUGGAGGGGAGAGGAGCCAGGGUUUGAAUGAAGCCCUCCCUCUCUGGGUUCGUACUUCCACCACUUGUCACCGGGAGGGGGCUGCUGGCCCUCUGAGCCCCAUUACCACGUGGAAAAGCAUCUUCUGCCCCGGGAAGCCCAGGGCAGGCUGCUGACUGGCCGGGCUUAGAGCUGGAACCGAUUCCUGGGCCGAUCCCCGUGGCCCACCUGGGGUCACAUGUCCAACCUGCAGCAAGGGGGCGGGGUCUGUGCCAGAAGGAAGGAGAGGAAGGGUGCUAAGCAGGCAGACGCUGAUGGGGCCCCAGGACCAGAACUGCCGCAACAUGGAAAAGAAGCAGGAAUUGUGUCCACACAGGGAGUAUCUCUGCAGUGGCUUUAGAGCAUUUCCUCAGCCUCUGAGAAGACGUCCCAUUCCAUCUCUCCGAGCCCCACGCCUGUCAGGAUUCUAUUUCUUAGUGACUGGGAUUUAUUUAAAAUACCAUUUUGAAAAAUCGUGACAGGUGCACAUGUUAAAGAUUCGAAUAGUUCAAAAUGCUGUUCGGUAAAAAGUACACUUCCCUCCAGCAUCCCUGACUCUACCUUCCCGGGCUGUUGAGUGAAGCCUGGUGGUUGAGGGCAUAGACGUUGGGGCCAGGCUGCCUGGGUUCAAGUUCUGACCUCCUUAGCGUCGUGUUCCAAGUCGUACACCGUACUUCUCAAGCCUCAGUUUCCUCUUCAUACAGGGGGAUUAUAAGAGACCUACCCCGCAGGGUUGUUGGGAGAAUUCAGUGAGUUAACAUAUGCCCGGCCCCUGGGAGCACUAUGAAAAUGUUAGCUGCCAUUAUUUACAAGAAUAAAUGCAUUUAUAGAAGAUA